AGCCGGUCCACGUGGUUCGAACUCCGCAAUACCGCCCAGCCAUGGAUGAGCUGCCCGCAGAUGUGCGAGCGUUCCUGCGCGAGCACCCGAGCCUGCGGCUGCAGCCGGGCGCCUGCAAGGUGAGAUGUGUUCUGACCGGCCACGAGCUACCCUGCCGCCUGCCCGAGCUCCGGGUCUACACCAGCGGCAGGAAGUACCAGAGGCUGGCCCGCGCCUCCCCGGCCUUCGACUACGCGGCCUUCGAGCCGCACAUCGUGCCCAGCACCAAGAACCCGCGCCAGCUGUUCUGCAAACUCACCCUGCGGCACAUCAACAAGGCCCCUGAGCACGUGCUGAGGCACACGCAAGGCCGGCGCUACCAGAAAGCUCUGCGUAAAUAUGACGAGUGUCACAAGCAGGGUGUGGAGUUCGUGCCCACCUGCCUUCUGCACAAGAGGAGGAGGAGGGAAGGCCAGGCAAACAGUGACGGGCCACCCCGCCUGAGAGCAGCCUUCUGGGAGCCGGAGUCCAGCGAUGAUGAUGGUGACACGGCCCCGCUCGACAGUGAUGACAGCAUGACAGACCUGUACCCAGCCGAGCUGUUCACCGAAGAGCACCCAGGAGGGGCCGAGCACAGGGGCGAACCCAAUGGCGUUUUGACAGACAAGGAUGAGAGGCCAGGACAUCCGGGGGACUCGCAGGAGGUGGGGGUGGCCCCGGGGCCGGCCCUCCAGUGCCCGAAGAAGCCAUUGAGCGGGUCGAAGAAGUCGAGAAGCUGUCACCGCCGGCCGAAGCGCUUCAGCUCCUUUAAGCACUCAGGUUAACGUACCAUGGCCUCCCAGAGUCAGGGCGGCGCGUGGUGGUCCUCUGCUGGCGGCCCACGGCGAGAUCUGUGCUGCCGGGUGUCCCCGGCUUUGUCUGCCGCUUGGCUGCCCCCGUGGCAGGGCGCUGUCCUCUGCUCCUAGGACACAGCAGGGACGGAGGGAAGGGCCCUGUGUGGACGAGGCCCAGGUGUUCCUGCAGAGCCAGGAGUACCCGGGGUGGGCCCCGCUCCCCGGACAGCACCCGAGGGUCACACCACGUGCAACAAACGCCAUUGUUUAUUUUGGUGUUUCCAAAAAUCAAAAUGUUUUCGAACACAACUAAGAUACAAAAUACAGCAUAUGAUGAGA